AGACAGGAGGCGGGGAGAACAACUGCCGGGGACUUGGGCUGCUAUAGACCUGCGUAGUGUUGGCAGAGGGACGCCAAAUGUCCUCUUCGCUACUGCUACCAGACUAAGCUUAGAGAAAGUGGAGCUCUGAUGACCCUCUUGCUCCCCCUCGCACGGUUCUGUUCCCCUGCUGACUGUCAAGAAGAGGCCUAAGGCAAGUGAGCGCCAGCAUUUCCUUGCUACAAGCCAGAGCUAAGGCUGAGAUGUCGGAAGGGCCUUCCAGGAUCACGGGGCCCAUCCCUCCUGACCCCAGCAUUUGCCCAGACUACUACAGACGUCCUUUAUCGGCACGAGGGAGGCUGGAAGGGAACUCUCUGAAGCUAGAUCUGCUCCCUGACCCCAUUUCUCUGGAGUCCAGCCUCUACCCCACAUGCUACAGUGCUCGUCUCACCCAUCCUCCUCCACGGAUCAAACCCAGCGCCAAGCACAUUCUGGAGAUGGGACGAAAUGGCACCGUAGGGGUCCUGCUGCAGUUGGAUGGGAUCUCCCCCUGGCCGGAGUUGCCAGCCCAGCGCAAGGGUUCCAAGGACCACGAGAAGGAGAAUUUGAGGCGCAUGAGAGAGAUUCAGAGGAAAUGCCGAGAGAAGGAGCAGGCCCGAGAGCUCAGCCAACCAAAGCCUGUGAAAGCCCUGUGGAAGUCCCAGAAGUAUGAGAAUGUGGAGUCCAAGGUGAAGGCCAGGCUACAGGAACAGGAGCGGGCGAAGGAAGACGGAGGGCCGGAUGUUCCAGGGAAGCAAGUGGGAGCCCGGCAAGGAAGUCCAUGGAAAGGGGAGAGCCCUGUCUCUGUGAAUCCAGAGGCGCGGAGAUUCCUGCGGGCCUAUUCUCGUUGUGGCACAGGAAUCCACCCGCGCAGAGCACCGUCCCCGCCCCCCGCCCGGCCGAGGGCAAUGGAGGACCCCACAACUGUGGACCCGCAAAGCAGGAACGCCAAGAGCCAGGAGGAGGACCGGAAGGUGGAUUUUAUCACCCACAAUGCCCAGAAUGCCAAACGGGCCCAGCUGCAGCGCUCUCGCUCCCUGCAGUCGCUGGCCGAGGUGCUGGAGCAGAAACGCAAGGAGCAGGAAGAGUACAACGCCAAGCAGAAAGGCCAGGUCCCUCGCUACCUGGUGGAGAGGAAGGAUCACUGGCGCAAAGAGGCGGAGCAGCGGCAGCACGACGUGCCUGACCCCACCAUGCCCCCCGGCCACGCCAAGAUGCCCGAGAGCCAGCGGCUGGAAACCCUCCGCAACCUCAAGCAGACCCAAGAGCAGCUGCUGAAAGACCUCGUGUUGCUUCCGGUGCGGACAGACACACUGAGCAUCAAAAACCGUCGGGCAGGUCUGGAGAAGAAGCUGUCGCAGAUCGAGGAGGCGCUCAAGAUCUUCUCCCGGCCCAAAGUCUUUAUCAAGCUGGACUCCUAGGUGGGGGAACAGGGUACCCAACAUCCUACUCUGAAGCUGUGAGGGGCAGGAAGGGAAAUGCCUAGCUCCCCCCCCCCACUUACUCUCACACUCGGCCAGACACCUUCUCCUUGCGCUCCUUCAGAUAUUGUCCCAAUGUUGCAAGCCUGUGACCCAUCCUUGUGGCUGGGCACUCUGGUGUGCUUUCCUCUUGGCACCCAGUGCUUUAGGAGCCAGGGCGCUCUCUGCUCGUCUGUCUUUACACUUGACUGGCAAAUGUUGCCAAAAAGUAGUGUGAGCAAGAGGGCCCCAUUCCCAGGGGUCCUUCCAUGGUGGGUGCUGCAAAACCUCUGUAGGCACCGUUUGAAUUUGCAGGGCUUGCCCUCUCUGGCGUGUGGGGAGUGUGCACAAGAGACCCUCUUGCGCCGUGUGCCAGCUCAGAGACUGCGCCCUGAGAGGGAUCACACCCCAGCGGCUCUCAGCUUCUCCCUGAGGCUGCUCAAGAUAGCCAGCAGGUGUGUCUUUAGUGGCUUGGUGAGUGACACUUUCAGGAGUCUGUGCAAUUGUAAUUUAAGCGGUUGGAUGGUUUGAAAUAAAGCAACUUUCCUAAGUACCUGUCAAA